AUGCAGUUGCCUGGACUGUUAUUCAGUCAACUCAUCAGCCGCCCCCAUUUUCGCCAACCUCCCAAGCCAGUCUUUCAUCUUGACCUUCCCUUCAAAAUCCGGGGGAAAAAUCGACAAUUUGUUCAACGACCCCGACAAAUCAGAAAGCAAAGGAAAAACUUGAUCAACAUGCACCAUAUUCAACUUAAAAGAAUCCAUCGUAGUGAUAAAAUUCUGCACACAUCCCGCCACAAAAUAACAGAAUCUGUAGUUAGAAAUUUCACACAUCAUAUUCUCUCAGGAUUGGCUUACUUACACAGCAAGAAAACAGUUCACAGGGAUAUUAAAGGAGCAAAUUUGCUCGAUGAUGCAUCCGGGGUAGUGAAGGUAGCAGACUUUGGAUUAGCAAAACAUCUUUCUGCUCAUUCAAAUGUUCUUUCCUUAAAGGGUAGUCCACACUGGAAGGCUCCAAAGAAAAACAACAUUAACAAUCAAAAUGAAAGAGUAAAUGUAAUUUAA